CUUACAGUCUUCCUUUAGAAGGUCUACCAAGUUAUUAAGCGUAUGCUAGUUAUUCGGCCUCAUUGCUUUGUCAGACGAUGUGAACUAUUUGUAGAGACAUUUGGGCGAAGAAUCGGGAGCUUUGGAAGCAGGGGACCAGAACCGAAUUGUGUUAUUCACAGCGGUGCAAGGUCACCGAUCACUUGCCGGAAGUGUGCAAAAAGCGACUUUGGGAAGGUUGACUGUGACCAAGCGAGGGAGAUUUGGAGAGGAUAGUCGCAUUUUACACUGAAACAUUUAGGUGCAUCUUCAUUGUCAACGCAUUUGGACUAGCAGAAAGAUGUCCAACCAAAAGCAUUUUAACAUCCAAGACAUGGAGCACACUGGAGAUUACUAUGUCCAGUCUCAGCAGCUCCAGACCGCCUCAGCUCGGUCACUUCUCGAACAUAUCUCCAGACUGGACAUUGACUCUGAGCCGCAUGAGGUCAGAAAGUCUGGUAUCAUCUGUACCAUAGGUCCUGCCUGUCGGGAGGUUGGCGUUCUACAGAAGAUGAUCAUUGAAGGAAUGAACAUCGCUCGUCUUAAUUUCUCCCACGGAACACACGAGUACCAUGAAGGAACUAUCAAAAACAUUCGCACAGCCAUUGAGGGCUUCUCCAACCGCCGCCCUGUCGCCAUCGCCCUGGACACCAAGGGACCCGAGAUCAGGACAGGUUUACUGGAAGGGGGGCCAUCGGCAGAAGUGACUCUCACUACAGGAGCUACUAUUAAAAUAACAACAGAUGACCAGUAUAAGGAGAAGUGUUCGAAGGACCUGCUCUGGCUCGACUACAAAAAUAUCACAAAGGUCAUGAAGGUCAAGGACAGGAUUUUCAUUGACGAUGGUCUCAUCUCGGCUGUCGUACAGGAAGUUGGUGCUGACUUCCUGAUCUGUACCAUUGAGAAUGGAGGAGAUCUAGGCAGUAAGAAGGGCUGUAACCUCCCCGGGAUCGCCGUAGAUCUACCCGCUGUGUCAGAAAAGGACAGGGCUGACCUUCGAUUUGGUGUUGAACAGGGUGUGGACAUGGUGUUUGCUUCCUUCAUCAGGAGUGGACAGCACAUCACAGACAUCCGUAAAGUUCUCGGCCCUGAGGGCGCAAAUAUCAAAAUCAUUGCCAAGAUUGAGAACCACGAGGGAGUGAAAAGAUUUGAUGAGAUUCUACAAGAAACUGACGGCGUCAUGGUGGCUCGCGGGGAUCUAGGUAUUGAGAUUCCAGCUGAGAAAGUUUUCCUCGCACAGAAGAUGAUGAUCAGUCGCUGUAACCGUCAGGGCAAGCCCGUCAUCUGUGCCACACAGAUGCUUGAAAGUAUGGUGAAGAAACCCCGUCCGACCAGGGCUGAGUCUAGUGACGUUGCCAACGCUGUCCUGGACGGAGCUGAUUGUGUCAUGUUAUCGGGAGAGACUGCCAAGGGAGACUACCCACUUGAAUCUGUCAAGAUGAUGCAUAAGAUCUGCCGGGAGGCCGAGUCGGCCGUGUAUACCAGUCAGUACUUUGAGGAGAUCCGACAAGACACAGCUCUGCCAAUCGAGGUCACCCACACUGUCGCCAUCGCCGCUGUGGAGGCAUCCUUCAAAUGUAUGGCUGCUGCCAUCAUUGUCAUCACUACAACAGGACGAUCUGCACAACUGAUCUCCAAGUACCGACCCCGCUGUCCAAUCCUGGCAAUCACUCGCCAGGCCCAGACCGCUCGUCAGUGUCACUUAUAUCGUGGCGUGUUCCCCAUACAUUACGCAGAACCUGUCCUAUCGGAGUGGACUGCAGAUGUUGAUCGCAGGAUCUACAAGGGAAUUGACGUAAGUAUGAGGCGUGGCUUUGUCAAGGUCGGCGACCCUAUUGUCAUAGUAACAGGGUGGAAACCAGGAUCUGGAUCAACAAACACCAUGAGGAUCAUCAACGCUGUGGAGACUGGCAAAAUCGAUAAUUUGGCCCCGAUCACCGGAAUCUCCAGUGUGCCAAGUUUUACUAAAGCAGAAGAGAAAAAAUAAUGAUGCACAGCUGAUCUAGUUAUAAUUUCUACUAUCAUAGCUGUUUUUGGAUUGUGCCCCACGGGAUGUGUUUAUGGUAAUUUUGUGUAGAAGUCUUCUCUUUCAUUUAAAUAUACAGAACUAUAUGCUCCUACACUGCAUUCCAUUGUGUAUGUUGUCUACGAAGUAGCUUGGCUCAUGGGAAGGAGAUUCUUGUGCGUAAAACAGUCUAAUUUGAUCAGAAAGAUGAUAUGGUUCGUACAAACCUUGAAAAGUGCUUGAAAAGUUGAGCAGUGCUCGAGAAAUCAUCAGUUUGCUUCACCAAAAAUAAAUUUUGAAUUUUGACAUAUUGUCAUUAAAUUUUACUGAAAGUGCUCAAUUUCAUAUUGAGUGCUUGGAAAAUACUUUGGUGGAACUGUACGAACCAUGGAUGGGAAAAGGCUGACUUUCAAAAUGAAUAGAAUCUGUUUAAUUGGAGUUCUUGCCAAAAUAGAAUUAAAUGCUGACUAUGUAUGCCUCCCACCUCCCCCUAAUGUCUUAGUUGUCCUGACCAGACCAAAGCAUGGUCAAGUCCAUUUUAGGUAGAGAGGGUUGUCUGGUUCUGUAGUGAAAUUAUUUUUCAGCCCUACAACAUACAACCCUCAUUACUCCAGUACAUUAUUGUAAAGAGUGUUAUUUUAUUAGUGGAGCCAACAGUGUGGACAUUUAUAAAUUAGUUGUAGGAUUUUUCACGGUAAUGCAGAAGUUUAUAAAGUUUUUUUGUAUGAAAAUGUUGUUUGUUAUUCUAGGGUGUGUCUGUCCAUGUUAAAUUAUUUCUGAACAGACAGGGUAUAGGAAAGGGGAGAUAAAUCUGACAGGAUUAACGAGCAUGUGAUGCUUAGACUCAAAGUUAUUUGCGAUACAUGAAUUUAAUACUCUGUUGUAUCAUUGUGAUGUGGAAUUGUUGAGAACAAUAGAAACAAGAUAUUUUGUAUGCUGAUAAAUCUUUUGAGGCUAGCUGUAGGACUUGGUCUCGGACACAUUGUAACCCAUACAGUUUUUGAUGUAGAACUCACAGGUUGGGAGCUGGUAUCCCUAACAGUGUUUGUAAAGUGGACAUAGUGUCCAGGCACUGCUUGUGGGGGAAAUAAAACAUGUGAACGUUUUAUGUAAAUUGAACAUGGAGUACUGCACUGUUUAAAAAAAGUCUGGAAUUAAUUGACUGGACAAAUCAGAUUUUUGGAUUGGGGAAGUACUGCACUGUUUAAAAAAAGUCUGGAAUUAAUUGAAUGGACAAAUAAAAUUUUUGGAUUAGGGAAGAUUUAACUGUGUUUGUAGAUCAUAGAAAAGACCAUAAAGGUGUAAAAUUUAAAUGUAUUAUUGUGUAUGAAUUUAAGAGGUACAACUGUUGUUUAAGCAAUGACAUGUUGGUCAUGCUGGAUUUGUUGAAAACUCUUGUGUGCUAUAUCUGAUGUUUCACAUACAAAAGUUUGUUACUAAAUAUAAGAUGUUACUAAAUAUAAGAUAUUGUUAAUAUUUUCAAUCUGUCUUGAAAUCUUUGUCCAGUUAUUGUUGUCAAAGCUUAUGUAUCUGGUUCCAUGGAUAAACACAACAUCUCUCUUAAAUAUGGCGAUUGUUAAUAACCCCAUAGACUGUGUUUAACUGGUAUUGAGUUAUUGAAUAUCAACUACAUAUCAAUAAUAUUUCUCCCUGUGACCUUGAUGUACUGCCUCCGUACCACCAACACAGGACAACUUUAUCUUUAUUUCAUAAAGGGCACUUCUUGUGGUCAAUUCUAACCUGCUUUUUUUAAAUCUUGAGAAAUCAUUAAGAAUUCUUCAUUUCAAUUGCUGUCAGUUUUGUUCAUUGAUAACUCAGCUAUAAAGAUAUCAAGAAGGGAUGGGAGAAAUUUGAAUUUAGUCGGGUCAGUUUUGAGAUAGGAGACAUAUGAAUUUAGAGAGGCUGUUUAUAAGAUGUGAGAUGUAUGAAUUUAGACAGGUGGAUUAUGAUAUGAGAGACUAUAAAUUUAGACAGGUCGAUUAUGGUAAAUUUCAACCAACAGGAGUUGGAUACAUAUGUAUUGUACUUGUAUAUUACGAUUAUUCCUACCAGAUUAAAAUGAUCUGUAUAGAGAUCUGUUGAUUACAUUAAUUAAUUAUGUGAGAGUCGGUGUAAAGCCAUAUUUCAAAUGUGAAAUAGUCAUCGGUGUUACUGUUCUCAAGCAGGUGGAGGAUGUUGAAUUUAAAGGAGGAAAUAAAUUUCAAUCUAAGUUAUAGAGAUAAAUCUGUGCUGUGACGAUAAUUCAAAUAUAGGUAUUUAAAAGAACAAAGUGUGAAGAACUUCACAGUAGAUGUGUCGUGAGAAAUGUUUUUUUCUGCAGUGACUAGAUGUUGAAAGUGCUACCGUUAAUUAUUUGUCGAUUCAUUACUUUUAUGUUUUGAAUCUAACUAAAGUGCUAUUAGUGAAUACUUUUUGUGUUAUAGUUAUAUUUGUUAGCUUGCAAAGCGCAUAUAAAUGCCAUAUUUAUUUUACCCAAUUAAAUUAUAUUCAUUAUUGAGUUUUCAGAUGCCAUUUCUCAAGUGUGCAUAUUUUUGAGGUAGUUAUCUCCCUUAUAUAAGCUUGGAUAUAUUAAGUUGUGUAAAAACACUAAUAUGAUAACUACAUUUAAUAAUUAUUUAUUUUAUGACGUACCAUAUUUUUUUUCCCUGAGUUUAUUUCAUUCCUUCUGAAGACUUAAGAUAAUGAAAUUGUGUUAUUACGAUAUGAUCCUGAGUACCGAAAAUUUCUGAUAUUAUUUCUCCACAGCGAAAAUCAAGCCCUUGUCUUGUAAACAGCUUUGUUUGUCUGCCCCAAGUUGUUACUUCAAACAAUAGAACAGCCAUGGAAAUUGUAUGUUUUGUUUCACUGUAAACAAAUAAAAAAAUACUGUACAAGUGAA